AUGCUUGCGAGCUGGCAGCUGGCCCUUUGGGAUGACAACCGCCUCUUCCGCGAAUUCUCUACACAUCCUGUGUGCGGUGGCUCCGAUGUCAUGGCACAUUGCCGCUUAGUCGCCCAUUACCAAUACUGUUGGUGGAAGGACCGAUUUGAUAUCCUUCCCUUUGAGAUGCUGGAUCGCGUCCAGUUACAGGAUGUCAUGGAACUCACUCUUGAGCAUUUUCAGCAGCUGCCUGCGGGACAUCUUCUUCUGCCCGACAUGCGCACGCACAAGGCCAAUCCAGAUCCAUUGCUGUCAAACCUUUGGGUGAUCAAAGAUGAUCUUGAACAGCUAGGCACCAAGCUCAACUAUUGGCUAUCCGCGAAGAUGAAAGAUGGAAGUGCUGCCCUGGAGGCCAUGACUACCCUUGAAGGUCCUGUGGAUGAUCUUCAUGAUGCUAUGGCCACCGCACAACAACUUCUUGACAGAAGUGAAGAUAAGCAGCAGGAUUAUGACUAG